ACCCACUUCCCUUAUUAGGGCGAAGGGCUGCUCCCGGGGCUCGCCGCGGGUUCGGGCUGGGCGGGGAGCUGGGACUUGGCCACCCGUGCAGAGGGGCAGCGCGUCCUUGCGCCCGGUGGCCCCUGUCCGCAGCCCCCGUCCCCCCUGCCCCGCAGAGCUUUGGCUGCGCCACUGCGGGGAGCCUGGCUCCAGGCGCGCAGGACAUGGAAGAAUUUCUGCAACGCGCCAAGUCUAAACUGAAUCGAAGCAAAUGCUUGGAGAAGGUUCAUGUGGUUAUUGGACAUAAUUCGUGUGACUUGGAUUCUCUCAUUUCUGUGUUCACAUAUGCCUACUUUCUAGACAAGGUCAGUCCACCUGGGGUUCUCUGCUUACCAGUGCUGAACAUUCCACGGACUGAAUUCAACUACUUCACUGAGACAAGGUUUAUUUUAGAAGAGCUAAAUAUUUCUGAAUCAUUACACAUAUUUCGAGAUGAAAUAAACCUGCACCAGCUAAAUGAUGAAGGGAAGUUAUAUAUAACACUUGUUGGAAACAAUGUGCUGGCAAGUGAUGACAAGAUUUUAGAAUCAGCAGUUGUCAAGGUCAUUAAUUCGGUUGAGCAAAGUGAUGGUGAGCCUGAGUUCCCAGAAUCUUCCUCCUCCCUUGUGGUGAAAGAAAUUCUCCAGGAGGCUCCUGAGCUCAUCACCGAGCAGCUGGCUCAUCUCCUCAGAGGCAGCAUCCUUUUCAAGUGGAUGACCAUGGAAUCUGAGAAGAUUUCAGAGAAGCAAGAGGAGAUUAUUUCUAUCUUGGAGGAAAAAUUUCCUACUUUGCCUUCGAGAGAAGAAAUUAUUAAUGUCCUGCAGGACACCCAGUUUGGGGCUCAGGGCUUAAGUAUUGAACAGGCAAUGCUGAAGGAUAUCAAAGAACUGUCAGAUGGAGAAAUUAAAGUGGCCAUUAGUACUGUCAACAUGACCCUUGAGAACUGUAUGUUAAACAGUAUUGCCAGUGAUCUGAAGGCAUUUGCGGAGAAGUUUGGCUUUGAUGUCCUCCUCCUCUUGGCUGAGUUCCUAUCAGAAGAUCAGCAGCCACGAAGACAGAUUGCUGUGUAUUCUGAGAACUUAGAGCUGUGUGGUCAGAUUUGCUGUGAACUGGAAGAGUCUCAGAAUCCUUGUCUGGAGUUGGAACCAUUUGAAUGUGGCUGUGAUGAAAUCCUGGUAUACCAACAGGAGAAUCCUUCAGUAACUUGUGACCAGGUGGUUCUCCUAGUCAAGGAAGUCAUCAAUAGGAGGUGUCCAGAGAUGGUCUCCAAUAGCCGAACGUCCUCUACAGAAGCAGUGGCAGGCAGUGCUCCACUCUCCCAGGGAUCUUCGGGUAUCAUGGAGCUGUAUGGUUCUGACAUAGAGCCUCAGCCCUGUUCUGUAAAUUUCAUAGAAAAUCCUCCAGAUCUUAAUGACUCUAACCAGGCCCAAGUGGAUGGCAACAUUGACCUUGUUAGUCCGGAUAGCGGCUUGGCCACCAUUAGGAGUAGCCGUUCAUCUAAAGAGAGCUCAGUGUUCCUUAGUGAUGACAGUCCACUGGGAGAAGGUGCUGGCCCUCACCACAAUCUCUUCCCAGGGUUUGACUCUUACAGUCCAAUCCCUGAAGGGAUAGUUGCAGAGGAGCAUGCCAGAUCUGGAGAACAUGGUGAACACUUUGACCUCUUCAAUUUUGACCCAGCAUCCAUAGUUUCUGGGCAGUCCCAACCAUCUUCCCAUUCUGCAGACUAUUCACCAGCUGAUGACUUUUUCCCUCACAGUGAUUCAUCAGAGGGCCAACUCCUCCAUGGACCAAAAGGACUCAGUGGGAUAGGGAUCAACACAUCCAAUUACUCAUCCAGCUCACUUUUGUCAGGGGAUGGCAAAGAUAGUCCUGUGGAAUUUGAUGAGGACUUUGUCCAGAAAGAAGAGAGCCCCAGGGAUAACACUGAAAGAAAUUUGAACCUGAUGGGCUUUGUGGGAGAUGAAUCUCCUUCGCCUGAAUGUCUAGGAAAUAUUGGGAAGAGAAUUCCACCAACACCCAUGAAUAGUUUUGUAGACAAUUCACCAUCCACUGAAGAGCCAGCUCUGCUGUAUUCAAAUGAUAUGACCCCCAAAGUAGUUAACACAACAGCUAACACAGGACACAUUCCUCAGACACGUGCACGGUGCAGUAGUUGGUGGGGUGGUUUGGAAAUUGACUCUAAAAACAUUACAGAUGCAUGGAGUUCCAGUGAACAGGAGUCUCUUUUUCAAAGUCCUGAAUCAUGGAAAGAUCAUAAGCCAAGCCGAGUGGAAAGGAGAAACUCAGAGUCCACAUUUCAACAAAAGAGUCUUGAAUUUCCAAAGUCAACUCAACAGGAUUCCAACUUGGAUCAGCCUGAAAUAGGCAGCAAUGCAGUUCAGAACCAAGAUAAAGCAAACUACCAACAUCAGAACCUGCCUGCUGAGAAAUCACAAUUGCGGAAUGCAUCGCAGGGAACAAACCACCUCAUAGAAGACUUUGCAGCACUGUGGUGUUCUGAUGGCUCUCCAAUAGUGAUGCCAGAGCCCUGGGGAAACUCCCCAAAUCAUGGCCAUGAGGCUGCUGCAGUGUCUUUCCCAACAUGGAGUGCACUAAGUAAAGAGGAAGACACUGAUGCUUUGAAAAAUACCUGGAAUCUGCACCCAACAAGUAAUGAGGCGCCUUCUUUAAGGGACCUGAAUGAAUGGGCUCUGACAAAAAGUAGAUUUUCUUUACCUUCAGAAGAUGCUGGGGACAAUUCACCUAGUGAAGCAAGUAGUGAAGCAACUCCAGACCUCUGGGAUGAGAAGAACCAUGACUCCAGAAAUAAUAUUAUUGGAGACUCCAGAAAUAAUAUUGUUGACUCUAGAAGUCCCAGACCUGUUCUGGAUCAUGGCUGGACAAAUUCUAACUUAACAGAGGAUAAACAGGAGAGUAUAGUGGACCAAAAAUUGACUGGAAAAAUAUAUGAGAAGGUGGACUCCUGGAACCUUUUUGAGGAGAAUACCAAGAAAGGGGAAUCAGAUGCCUUGGUUCCUUGGGACGAUUCCUUCUUAGCAUAUAAGUGUUCUGAUUACAGUGCAUCUAAUCUUGGGGAAGAUUCAGUGCCUUCCCCAUUGGAUACCAAUUACUCCACCUCUGAUUCUUACACGUCACCAGCAUAUGCUGGAGAAGACAGAGAACCAAGAAACAAACCAUUUGAUAAAACAGGAAGUGUGGAGCCAAAUGGUGUGGAGAUUCAUGAAGAGGCAACAGAAAUACUCACUCAAUCUCUAGAGCAACCACCCAGGUCUCGGAUGAAUUCAGAUCCUGGGAACCUAGAGAUGUGGGCUUUGCCUGCCACAGAGAUUCUUCAUGAUGUGAGUGCUGGUUGUAACCAAGAUGUCGGUUUACCUGAGACAGAGCCCACAUUUGACACAUCCGGCUCCUUGGAAAAGGAAUUAGAGCAAAGCUGUCAGUCAAAUUAUGAUGACCCAGGACUGCUGAAGUUGUGUAAUGAGACCAAUCGCCAGCUCACACUCCUGCAGAGCAGAACCAACUCGCGGCAUACAAUCCCUGACACCCUGGAAUCCUGGAAUGGAACAAUCCCGGAGGACACCCAGUCCACAGCCACCAUCUCCGAUAUGGAUAAUGAACUGGACUGGGAUGAUAGUAGUGGUGGGGUGUUAAUGCCAGGGGAAGGUCAGGCCCAAGGGUACUCAGCUGAAAGUGUUGAGCCUGAAACCCGAUUUUCAGUGAAACAACUAGAACCCUGGGGUGUAGAGUAUCAGGAGACAAACCAAGGAGAUUGGGAAGGCACUGCCUCUUCUAAGCAUGAGAGUGACUCAGCUCCUAAUGGCCAUGUUCUGUCAAAUGAAAAGAGUGGGCAACUCAUUGCAGAUAGCAUCUGGGAUUCUGUCAUGAGAGAAAACAUGCCAUCAUUAGUGUCUGCAGCACCACUGUAUAGUACAAAUUUGGAGCAAAGCAACCCACCUCUUGAAAGUCCCAUUUCUUCAGGAGUUAAGGAUGGAAGCCUUUUAGAUGUGCCAGAAACCUUUGAGGUCAAUAGAUUAGGGACAUUUACACAUGAUUCUGACAUGAAGGACACAAGCAGAGAAGUCUUGUCACAGGAUUCUACAUCUCUGAUGACCAAAGUAGAGAAUCCAGGGCAUAUUACAUACUGCAAUUCAUGGAAUGAUCCGAACUAUGGACAAAGUGAAAUUCAAAAUGAUAUGUUAGGGACCUCUGAAAGGGAGUGUUCUGGUGAGGAGGUGAUGGAUGGAGACCUCAAGAUUUCUGAAAUAGGACCAGAUGGUCAAGAAAACUUUUCUACAGGCUCAUCUGAGCAUGGAGGAUCAGACAAUGAAUUAGGAAGAAUCCAUUCUCUUUCAUUCACAUCCAGUCCUCAGUCAGAACUCCUGCAUAUAUUAGAGCCCAAGAAAGGACCUUUCAACUCAGACUUAUGCAGUGAGAAAACAGAUCAGUCCACGAAUCACCUGCAGGAACAGGAGACCUGUGAAGAGUACCUCAUAAACCCCAGAAAUCCCAAUGAAAUUUCAAGGAAACGGAAUGUAACAAUAAGUGUUGACUCCCUGGAAAUGGCGCUUUCGAAAACUGAAGCAGGCAACUUGAUGGAGCCAGAGACAAUGAGCUCUAUAUCACUGCAGCAGUUUUCCCCAAUCCCCUAUAUUUGGGAUGGCUCUUCAGACAGAGAAAAAGAGCAGAAGAAUUGUGCAAGUUCUGAGAUAACUAACAAUAUUGAAGUUAAGUCUACUGAGAUCAGUACUCAAGAAGCCAGUUCAACUGUAAACGAGGACAGUAUUUCUAGCGAGUGUACACAUUCAAGUGCAUCAAGUCCAUGCAUAAAUGAUUCUCCAGCUGCACAGCCCUCCUGGGAUCAUGAGUUCAAUGCCAAGCAUCAGAAGGAAAAUCAAGGCAAUUGGAAUUGUCAUGAAAUAAAUGUGAUUGAUGAUCAAGUGGAAGGAAUUACUGGAAUAAAGAAACAGGAGAAAGAUAGAAUGGACAUGUUUCAAUGGAGCAUUGAUCACAAGACUUCUAAAUUUUCAGAGAUUUGGAAUGACUCUGUAGAUGGUGAUUCUCUUUCCUCAUUCUCCAGUCCUGAAGCAGGCAAAUAUUCUGAACCCUCAGAUAUAUAUCAGGAAAGAAAUCUAGUGAUUCACCAUCAGGAACAAAAUGAACUGAAUAGUCCUGAAACUAUGCAGGCAGAGAAUACCAAAUUCAUUCCCACAAGCUUGGGUUCUGGUGAUGAUGGUGGAGGUGAUGAAGAGUCAUUGGAGAGAGAGACCCCUAUCCAGCUUGGCCAGCAUGAUUCUCAAGCCUGGGAAUCAUUAAAUGAAUCAGAAAAGUUCUUGAUCAUCGACAAUUCCAAGCCUAAGGAAGUUUCUGACUUUGUGAGCAAUUCAGAACCAGCUGGAAAUGAGAACAAAGCAAAGAUAAACUGUGACAGUCAGCAAAGCAGCCCUGAGCAGUGGGAUUUCUCACCACUCAAAGAGGCUGAAAUGCAUCUGCCAGCAGUAGAUAAGGAGAAGAUGCCCUCUCUAGAGCCAAGAAAGAUGGCAAAUAUCAUGUGGAACACAGCUCCUGAGAUGGAACCCAAGGAUGAAAACCAUUCUAAACUGGAAAUGCUUGGCUUCUCGACGGAGAGUACUGAGUGGUGGAAUACCACUCCACAGGAAGGUCAGCCAGUUGUGAGUGCACUUGAAGGAGACCUGUCUGACUCAAAUGGUGUUCUAGAGAAGAAUUCUCCAGUAUAUCAAAAAACGGGUCCCUGGGGAGUCCCCAUUCAGGGUGAUUCUGAGUCUAUGGCAGAGGACUGUACUAGUCCUUUCAGUGAUAAACAUCAGUCUCCCUUUCUAAAUAGUAAUGGAGAGAAUUCCCAUGUGCAGUUUUGGAACAUUCAACCAAGACAACCAGAUCCAGAAGCUGAUCAGCUUGGCGAACUUGUGAUAUUUGACCAAGUUAAAGAAAAGAAUUCAAGAGAUCAAGACUCUGUGUCCUCCACUGAGAAUGAGCUCAAGUCUGAAACACAUACUCAAGAGCAGAGCCAGAAUUCAGAGCUGAUUCCUUGGAAUCAACCUGACUCAACCUUGGCUCAUCCAGAUGAAGAUGGAUCCACUCUAUCCAAUGUUUCAACCACUGAAUGUCAAGAACCUAAUUGGUGUGAAGAAGAAAAAUCGUACUUUGAUGAGAUGACAAAGUCAAGUCUUGCUUCAGAAUACUUUCCUGCUGUCCAUUCUUCCACCCAGGCAAUGGAAAUAUCUGGUUCUAAAUGGAAUGAUUCUGCCACCAGUGAAAAACCGCAAGGCUCAUUUGUUCCCGAUAUUCUACAUGACAGUUUUCAGGAGAGUGGACAGCUAACUUCUGCAUCACCUGAUGUAUGGAUCAAUGCUAAGCAGCCCUUCGGUCUAAAAGCAGAGAGUGAGAAUCCUGAUAUUCUGACACACUGCCCUUCCCAGGCUUCCAGCAGCCCUGAUUUAUGUAGUGAAUAUGACAUCAAGCAAGUGCAUGAUUCAAUAGAAGUGGGAGAAGAAUCCAAUGAACUUUGUGUUACCAAACCAAAGACAGAACAAGAGAGUGAGCAGGAGCAGAAAUAUUUUCCAUCUAGCUCAGAAGUGUAUUCUGAAAACACAGUCCCACUCUCUCCAGCUAGUGAGCCAGCAAGUACCAAUGAUGUGCCUCAGCCUCUCUUUCCAGCAAGUUCUCCUGAGUCUUCUGAAAUCAAUGGUGAAAACAAUUCAAGUUUCACAGUAUCUGGAGAAAAAGCCAGCUUAGGGAGUGCACUAACUUUGGAAGCAGUUGAUGUACUAGUCCCAACGAUGGAAAAUGUGGGGACCAAUAUUUUUGUAAAUCAUCCAGAGCCAGUAAUAGAAAUCAGUAGCUCUUGUACAGUAGAAGGCUUUUCUCCAGAAAUCCAGGCAAAUGCAGGGGCCGUAUUGGAGUGUGAACAAUCCCUGACCAAGGAAUCUCUUGCUGUGAUUCGUGGGGCUUCACCAGCCUCAGAAGCUUGUCUGGAAUUAAGUGAAGCUGCUUUUGAUCACAGUUUUAGCAAAACCUCAGCUCUCAAUACAUCGACAGGAACCAUAGAUGACAUGAGCAAAUUGACUUUAUCAGAAGGCAACUCUGAAAUGUCAGUGGAUGGUGAUGCAGGGAAGCAGGAUAUCUGCUCAUCUGAAGCGUCGUGGGGUGAUUUUGAAUAUGAUGUCAUGGGCCAAACCUUGGAUGAAGAAUUCAUGAAAGAACCAGAACACUUUCUUUACAGUGGAGAUGCUCCGUUCGAGGAAGAUGUUCCGAAACAGUCACUGGCGCCUUAUACACCACCCUUCGAUCUGUCCUAUCUCACAGAAACAACAGCUACAACCCAGGCAUCAGAAGAUGAGUCCUUGGGGAGUGAUGCCCCAGAGAUGUUGCUCUCUGCCCCUCCUGAUCCAAGCAUCAAGGAAGGCUAUAAUGAUGUCCAGGAGGGCCAGCCUGCCCACCAGCUGGUUGUGCUGCACAUUCAUGAAGACCCUGAAUUGCUUUCUUUACCUGGAGGAACUGGAAGCACUGAACUGUCCCCAUCGAACAUUGACUGGGAGGUAGAAACAGAGAAUUCAGUUGCACCAGUAGGUGGAGACAUAGGACCAGCAGACGGUGCCAGCAAAAGAAUUUUAGAGUUGGAAGAUAAGAGCCUCAUUCUUACUACAGAGCCUGAAGAGAUCAAAUCAAAAUAUGAAGAAAUAUGCACAGAGAAGAAUGAUGACCAUAAUGUUCUACAUAUGGAUUACAUACUUGUAAACCAUGAAGAAAAUCUAUCCCCAAAGCCAGAAGACAGUGGAGCAAGAGAAAGCAUGCCUGAAUUGGAAGAAUUUCAGAGAGGUGCCCAAGAAAUGGAAAUGCCAGGAGCUCCAUUAGCAAGCUCCCCUGAUACAGACCCACCAUCUUCCUCCAAUGAAGCCAAACCUCAUUUUGCUAAGAGAAUAGCUUCCACGGAUAAGAAUUCAUCUCUGGAAAGCCUAGACCAAGACCCGAGUUGGAUGAUCUUGGACCACGGGAAGGCUGAUAAACCAGUAUCCGAAGCUAAUAACUCAUGGCCUGGAGAAGUUGGCAAGGCUGUGCAACCAACCGCUGCAGUUGCCUUGAAUGAGGAUUCUGAAAGGCAGGUUCUGGGAGAAAGGAAGUCUGUUGAAUCUCUAGCAGCAGAGGAAGCUUUUUGUCUAAGGAGGCAAUCAGAGAUAAACAAAAGUGGAGAUCAGGAUGGUCCAGAAGCAGUUCUGUUGCAGACUGUUACCCAUGACAAUGAAUGGGAAAUGCUUUCCCCACAGCCUUCUCCAAAAAACACCAUACCUGAAACAGAAAUGGAGGAGGAGACAGAAUUUCUUGAACCCAGAGCAAGAAAACCAAGACCAGAUGGAUUAUUGUCAGAGGAUGAAGGUAUGGAUAACCCCUUUGAGGAGGGGAUGCUGAGUCCAAAUGCUGUGGACCUGCGACCUGAACCUCCUAACUCUCUGGAUCUGGAUGGUGUUCAUUCUCGAAGAAUCAAACUCACAGCUCCAAAUAUCAAUCUGUCUCUGGACCAGAGUGAAGGGUCUAUCCUCUCUGAUGAUAAUCUAGAUAGCCCGGAUGAAAUUGAUAUUAACGUGGACGAACUCGACACUCCUGAUGAAGUAGAUUCUUUUGAGUACACUGGCCAUGAGGAUCCCACAGCAAACAAAGAUGCUGGACAAGAGACAGAGUCUAUUCCAGAGUACACAGCAGAAGAGGAACGGGAAGAUAACCGGCUGUGGAGGACAGUGGUGAUUGGCGAACAAGAGCAGCGGAUUGACAUGAAGGUCAUCGAGCCCUAUAAAAGAGUCAUUUCUCAUGGAGGAUACUACGGGGAUGGUCUAAAUGCCAUCAUUGUGUUUGCUGCCUGUUUUCUGCCAGACAGCAGUCGGGUGGAUUACCACUAUGUCAUGGAAAAUCUUUUCCUAUAUGUAAUAAGUACUUUAGAGCUGAUGGUAGCUGAGGACUAUAUGAUUGUGUAUUUGAAUGGUGCAACCCCAAGACGGAAGAUGCCAGGGCUGGGCUGGAUGAAGAAAUGCUACCAGAUGAUUGACAGACGGUUGCGGAAAAAUUUAAAAUCAUUCAUCAUUGUUCAUCCAUCUUGGUUCAUCAGAACAAUCCUUGCAGUAACACGUCCUUUUAUAAGUUCAAAAUUCAGCAGUAAGAUUAAAUAUGUCAGUAGCUUAUCGGAACUCAGUGGGCUGAUUCCAAUGGAUUGCAUCCAUAUUCCUGAGAGCAUCAUCAAGUAUGAUGAAGAGAGAUCUUUUAAGAGAAGCGUGAGACUGGAUGAAGAACUGAGGGAAGCAUCAGAAGCAGCUAAUAAAACCAGCUGCCUUUACAAUGAUCCGGAAAUGUCUUCAAUGGAAAAGGAUAUGGACCUGAAACUGAAAGAAAAACCUUAAGCAACUGCAACUGGGAGAAGAAACUUUAUGUCUGCUUCGGAGUUCUGCUGAAUCCUACAAGGAAGAGGCAGGGCUGAUGGUACUUUUCAAAUACUUAGCACUUACCUGGUGCCAUUCUAAAUUUCUAAAGGGAAAAACAUUAAGGGAAUUUGUUUACUCUUAACAUGUUUCUGGAAAGUGUGUAUUUUCCUAUUUUGCCAAUUAUGUGCCUCAAAGAUUUUUAGUUGAACCUUAGCAAGAAAGUAGAACCUUCCAUUCUAAUAUUUUGUGCACUGGUGUUUUGUUUAUUAGACAGGGAUUGUCUGAUGAGAUAACUUUAAUUCACUACUAGUUACUAGUGGAUUUGUUUCUAUAGAUUAAAUGGAUUUCUCCUGGUGACCAGUUUAGGGCUAAAAUACAUAGGUCUCAUACUCUCCAGGUAAAAUGUCCCCACUAACUCCAACUUUAAAAUCCUAAAGUUGGGGCUAGAGCACAUGCUUUGUCUGCAGAAACUCUAGGAUUGAUCCCUGGCCCUAUGAGAUACCCCCAAAUAAGUAAAUUCCUAAACUUGCUUAAUACAGCCAUAAACACCAUAAACCAGACAUCGAUAUAAAACCACUGUUGUUCACAUGAAUUGCCAUCAGUGUCAUAAUAAAGCUUUAUUCAUUCAUCGUGCUUCCACAGAAGGCGGACUCACUUCAGUAAGCUGUCAUCUUAAGCUUCUUCUUUUGCUCUUAAUCCAUUUCAGUUCCUGUGCUGUUGAGACAUUUACUGUCUCUACUAGGAAAGGGUGCUGACCCUGCUCAGCACACAUAACCUUACCCACUACUCCUCCUAUCUGUAUUUAUGGAACAGUGUCUCAAAAUAUAGAAACAAAUUUGUUCUUUGCAAGGAAAAUGUUGGCAUCUAUCAUCUAAGCAUAUAUGGCGUUCACCUUGACUUGAGGUUGUAUUUACUAAACCCAAAGUAAAGUUUCUCUUUGGCCAGAGGUUAAGUAACCUGAUUCUGAAAUCAUUUGUAGUCUCCAGUACCAGUAUCACUGAUUACUAACCAUCUAGCAAAAAAAAAAAAUUAAAAAGAAAGAUAAAAAAUAGCCUGGAAAAUGGGGUUCCACCAUAGCUUGAAAAUGGUAACUUCAUUUAGAAGAGCUUUCCAGAACAUUUUAAGUCCUGGGUCACCUAACCCUGGAGAUACUCUCAAGUAGAGAUAUUUUGCACAGGAACUGAAUUUCUUUGGUCUCCUUUGCUCCAUAUCCAUCUCUUGAUCUAGUUUUUAGACAUGCUCACAUAGACACAGGUUAUCUUGCUUCUAUCCACAAAUCAUAUUUUCCCUCUUCUGCCUGUUCCACCUGGUAUCUUGUUGAGCUGUAUAUUAUUUUGCCCCUCCUUCCUCAUAGCAACUGGCUGGUUAGGUAGAAAAACCCUAGUGUACAUUAUCUCUCAGUGCCCAUCUUUUCCUUUGGACAUCAAAAUGACAAGCCUCUGGAGAGUUUAGAAUUUACCUAAAGAGACCCAAUGUCCUGAUUAGUUCACCCAGAUCAGCUCACUGUUGCCCUGGCAUCCUUGUUUACAAAGCUUCCUUUUGCUCAGUCAUAUUCCAUUUGGGAAGCUGAGUACAGCAGACCCUUCUACAUAAGGAAUAUAGAAGCCAGUGUUCACUUGGGCACAGGACCUUAAGGUCCUAAUUAAAACUGUUAAUAGCAGAAUUUUCUCACAAUCAACCAAACAUGCAGCAACUUCACCAUUCACAUUUUCUUUGAAGUUUCAUCUACUUGGGAAUAACAACAUAUCUCUUGAUUAAUAAUUCUAUUGUGGUUGCUUUAUGGGUCUUUUAACCAUUCUGAUAGGUAUCUACUCUUUUAUUAUCUUAAGAACAUGAAAUAAUUGCACAUGCUAGAGAAAAGCUGCGUGUAAACUCAGUCCAGAUAACUAGACUCCUAGAAGAAUCUAAAAAAAUAGUAACCUUAGCAGAUAGGUAGAGACCAUUAUAAACAUUUUGCAUCAUUAGCUAAUUAACUCUUGCAUUCUGAACAUUCUUGCUUGGGUUCUAACUUCUAAGAACUGUUUUUGCACUUUUCCUGUAAAAUUGUAGUGAAGGGGACAAAAGGGUCAUGAGGACAAAAGUAUUGUUUUUCUAAAGCUGCAACUAUCCUUUGCUGAGUGCUGUGAUAAAAUGAAUAAAAAUACGCACAGAUUCAUGAGAGUGUGUUUGAGUGUAGAAUGGGAAGACAGUACUAAAGUUCCUCUUGAAGCCAUACAAUGUUUUGGGGGUAUUAUCUUCUAAGACAUGCUCUAGACUAUGUGACAUAUCUAAGUCUGUGUGUGAAGAACUCAUUGAAAUAUCAGAUGCAGUAAUUAUCUGUUGAGCUUAUUUGCAAUUCUCAUCUAAUCACAAUGCCUAAGUAGCCUGCUCUCUUAGAAACUUUUAGAUGUACACAAAUUAAUUAAUCUUUUAUAUUUUAAAGAUUAUUUUUACUGUGUAUUGGAUUGUUCAGAAUAAAGGAAAGAUUCGACUUUGUUUGGUAAAUAAACACAUUCUCCCUAAAUAUUGUGAAUUAAUUAUAUAACAAAAUGUAACAACAUUAUAUCUAUAAAGCCUCUAUGUAAUUCAGAAAUAAAAAUAAUUCCACA